GCACAAUCGGUGAGACACUGUCGACCAUUUAUCUAGUGCGUUUUCACCUUUGAGUAUUACAAUGUCGUUCGGAAAAUCGCCGUCGAAUCUCGGCUAUAUGAUAAAAUAUAUCGGUCGCUUACAUUUACCACCAGAACAGGACUAAUUAUGUAUUUCCUUUAAAUUUCAAAAAUAUAAAGCGUCUUAAAAAUUGCCAACUAGCCAGUCUUCUGUACCAUGUGACCAAUUUUAGCCAAUCAAAAGCGUUGCUUUCGAACUGGCUACAUCCUCCUUCAAGCCAGCAGGGUGAAUGUAAUGCUCUUUGCUAAUGUGAAUGGUUCGCUUGACAAUCUGACGAAUGCUAUGGACCCAAAGAGCCAUCCGGCACUACCAGGGUACCAGCAAACCGUCCAAAGUGUCAAUUCAGGGUAUUUAACAGUUAUUUUCAUUUGAUAGUAUCACUAUUGCUUGUAAUUUAGCUACAAACAUAAUCGCAAAGUUACUAUCUUCCAACGACCUACCCGCCAUGACGGGUAGACGCUCUCUGAUGCAAUUCUGAAAAUCAAAUUAUCCAAUUGUUCGUGUUAAAAUGUGUAAAAUACCUUAUACUUUUUGCAAAUUGUCUUUAUAUUCGAUUGUUCACCCAUUUUCUACAUUAAAAAUCAAUUAGAGACCAUAAAAUAAGUGUUUUUUCUGUUUAUUUGUAAGUUAACCUAACUUAAUAUUGAAGAAAUUAACCAGGACGCAAAUUACGGGAUAGUGGAAUAUAAAAUUAUACUUUAAAGGCUAAUUACUUAAUUUCUGGUGGGUUGGACCCCUUUUGAGACCCAUUUGUUUACAUUGUUUAUGAUUGUUAUUGUAAUGGCAUUACUGUAAUGGUUUGAGGCUAGUUUGAGCUCAUUAUCAGUGAGUGUGAGCCAUCGAAUCAACAAAGUGACACUGCUGAGCCUAACAUAAACAUCUUUGCCUAAUUAAUUGGACUAUUUAAAAAAGUAUCUCCUUUUGGUGCAUUGGAGACUUCAUUAAACUUUUCCUGCUAAAACAGGAGUAGCGGUAAUAGAUGACUGAGAUAAGGCAAUAAGUGUGGUUAAAGUAAAAAGUGUUGAACUGAUUACUAGGCGAUUUGGUUAUUAAUCUGCCGCUGCUGAUAGGUGGGCUGAUUAUGGGUAGUUUUGCAUAUGAAUAUGUGUACAAAUCUAUAUUAUAUGACUAAGAAUGAAUAUACGACUUAGCACCACACAAUUUAAAAACAAGUCACUGAAGUUAUUAUUAAAGGCAUUGUUAAAAGGGUUAUUCUGUCUUGGUCUUUUAAAGUGUGAAGUAGGGGUAAGUAUUUUCAGUAACAUUGCGUAGUUAGGCUCAAUUACAUUACUGUCAUACUUGUAGUGCUUGAACAGCAACAGUCAAGAUUCAAAUGGAGAGAUCUGGUAUAUACAUGUUUAAAACAUCCGGAUCACUGACUGCAAGUCAAUGGCCCAUGCAUUUUGUUCAAUAAAUUCUAUAUUAGAAUUAAUUUAAGAGAAAAUGUUUUAAAAUAAUUGGGCCUACAGACUAAAUCCCACAAUGUCAUUUAGCAACUUGUCAGAAGAGCAAAUGAGUUAAUAUAAAUGCUUAAACUUUUUCAGCAGUGCAAACUUAACAAGCUUAAUAUGAACCUAUUUAUUUUUCUAGCAUAAAUCAUUGACUGACAUGAAGAGGUGAUUAUUAAUUUUUAAUGACUAGUUAAAUUGGUAUCAGUACAGAUGUCAACAUGAAGUACCGUAACAGAUUAGCUAAUGUUGCUUAUGAUGAUUGAUGCUUGAAAAUGAAUUUUUAUACUGGCAUUGUAAUAGACAUUCAAUUUUGCUGUACACUUGACAGACAAGAAUUUCAGUUUCAUCGGCCCCUCAAAUCUUUUAUCCUUAUUUAAUUGUUUUAGCGUAUUUUCUCUGAUCUAGCACCAGAUGGUCACCAUCUUGUGAAAUGUAAAAAUUUAUAAUUAUGGUGUCAUGAAUGUAAAAAAUCUUUUCUUUAAAGCUGAAAAUUAUACUUAAUUGGUAAUAUAAAAAUUCAUCAACCAAUUUCAGUUCCAACGACAACUCAAACAUGACUUCUGAACAGGGGUCUAUGGCUGCUAAUGCUGCAGAUGUAAGUAUAGAGUAAAAGGGGGUAAUAGGCACCAUGGGGCAUUACGAAUAAAAAUCUGUAAGCAUUUAUGACCCAAGUUGCAGAGAUUUAUUUAAGUUUAAUGGCUUGCUUAGACUGGUACCGGUAAUUCAAAUUCUUGAAUUAUUUAGAAAACUUCAAGGCUUUCGCCUCCCGGGCAUUAGGCCAGAGUAUAUAUGACAGUGAAGUGCCUGUAAAUCAGUGGAGGGUAUAUUAAUUUGUCAAGUUUAAUCCCAGCCAUCCAUUAUGGGUUGAGUUGAUUCAUGGCUUGACGACAAUAUUUUUGUAAUUUUUAAAUUUUCAGUUUCGGAUGAUGUAGAGGUAGCUUUUUUUUUUUUGUUUUGAUGUGGGUUUCCUUGAGAUAAAAUUAAUCCCAACCAUUUUAAACAUUUUUAGAUCUAUGAUUUUAAUCAUGAAGAUGGCAACAGUGGUAAUGAACAGCCACCUCCACCACCACCAAAACCAAAAGGUCGUCGUGGUCGUAACACCAAUCAGCUUCAAUUUAUGUUAAAGACUGUGGUUAAAGCAGUAUGGAAGCAUCAGUUUGCUUGGCCAUUCCAUCAGCCUGUAGAUGCUGUCAAAAUGCAGCUACAUGUAAGUAAAUAAAAAGAAACUGUAUGCUAUAAUCUAGUUUCUUAAAUUUAGACGUUAUUUAACAAUGUUGCAAAUUGUAUACCUUAAUAUUUAAACUAUUUUAUCCAGGAUUAUCACAAAAUUAUCAAAACACCAAUGGAUCUGGGAACUAUAAAAAAGAGACUAGAAACUUUUUAUUACAACUCUGCCAAAGAAGCAAUGCAGGACUUCAACACAAUGUUUACCAACUGCUAUGUCUAUAACAAACCUGGAGAUGUGAGUAUGCUUAAUAAAUUAAAUGUAUUUAAAUACAGUGGAACCUCUCAUAACGAGUUUAAUUCGUUCCAGACUCUUACUCGAUAAGCGAAACACUCAAACGAAAUGAUUUUUCCCAUACAAAUCAAUGUAAAAUACGAUAAUGCGUUCCAUGCUGAAAAAAAUACUAAUUUUUCAAAAAAAAUUAUUAACAUUUAUUCAAAUAAAAUUACUUAUGAAUUGUUAAGGAGUAUAACAACUUGGAAUACAAUUUAGAUUUGAAACAAAAAACAUUAAUAAAAAUAUGAAUUUAUGACAAAUAAUUAAUCCCUUUUAACUAGAAAACUGUCUAUAAAGACAAUUUGUUUUUGUGUACGCUUCAAAAUUUGACAAAAAUGUGCCACAGCAUUAUCAUUGAAUAAAUUUGUAGCACGAAUAGCCACCUCGCUAUUAGGGUGAUGCUUCUCAAUGUACGAUGCAACCGUUUCCCAUGCUUUCAGCAUUUCUCUUAUUGCGCUAGAAGAUUGUUACUCUGCUACUUCCUCCAUUAAUGAGCUCUCCUCCAUUAAUGAGCUCUCCUGCAUAAGCUCUUCGGUGGUCAACUCUUGACUGUGGUCUAUCACAAGCUCUUCAAUAUCGUUGUUGACCACCUCGAGUCCCAUGAUAUUGGCCAAUGACACAAUCUGGUUAACUGUAGACUCCACAGGUACUGUUUCACAAUCAAAUUCAACAACACUCUGGCCAAAGUUUUUUUCCAAGCAGAAGUGAGGGAAAAGGGUACUUCCCCUUUCUGCGUAACUCAUGCGAAAUGUUGCACAUUAAGGGAGCAACUUCUUCACAUUUUUUUUUUUUGCUCGUUAUGCGAAUUAUUCGUUAUGAUAGGUGCUUGUUAACUCAUUCCCGACAUUUGCGACUAAAUGCGCCUUUUACGGGUUUUGCCUGAUGCGUCCCGGCGCAUAGCGACACACCUCUCUCAUAUCUAUUUUAAAAUAGCAAUGAAAUCUCGCAUCCCUCGAGACUUCCGGCGAUGGCGUGGUUCAGCGUGAUGUUAAUUUAAAAACCGGAAGUCCGGAAGUUUUUAUCUUGUUUCACUUUAAGUGUGCUUUAGUACGGCGUGUCUAUAUGUAGCAUGUGUUCGUCCAAGGUGCUGAAAAUCGAUUUUUUGGUCAUUGUUCGUUAUUUUUUCCCCGCUAAUGUUAUAUUUAUAUUAAACCUUAUUCAUUUUUUGUUGCAUUUGUUCUUAAUUCAUUAACAUUAAAUAAUAUUUAGUAGCUUAAAUACAUGUUUAAAAAAUGUAAACAAUUUCAAAACCGGGUUACUUCCCUUUCUCGGGCAAAUAAAUUAAAUACGGAAGUAGCAUUGCAGGAGGGAAUGAGUUAAGAGAGGUUCCACUUUAUCUAUUUUUAAAAAAUAAUAAUUUGUCUAGAUCUUCCUCCCGGGCAUUAGGCCAGAGUCGCUAAAUGACAGUGAAGUGCCUGUAAAUCAGUGGAGGAAACAUCAAUUUGUCAAGUUUAAUCCCAGCCAGCCAUCAUAGGUUGAGUUGAUUCAUGGCUUGACUACAUAUCUUAAUGAAGAUGUAAAGGUAUAUUUAUUAGAGCAGUAAUCCAAGUUUAAGAAGAUAAUUGUUCAAUAAAUAGUUAAAAAAUAGCAAGUGUACAGCAAUGUUUUGAAUUCUUAAUUAUUUUUGUUUAUCUUUUAGGAUAUUACCUUGAUGGCACAGGAGCUGGAAAAAUUAUUUUUACAGAAAGUUGCUGACAUGCCCCCUGAGGUAAUCGCUUUGUCCCAAGCAUCUGUUUAGUCUACUGCUGUUUAGACAAUUAUUUGUACAUAUUUAAAAUUUAUUUUGGCUUUUGCUUUAUCUUAAUUCCUUUCAAAUUUUUCAAUUAUUCUAUACUAAAUAAUGUCAAUAAAUGUCUGAUAAUAGGAAAUAGAGUUACCUAUUGGUGGUAAGAAGGGGAGAGGAGCUAAAGCUGCAGCUGCGGCUGCUGCGAGGUCAGCAUUGAAAAGCAUGUCAACCGCAUCAGAAAAAUCUGUAGUGCCUCCUCCGAUUCCAAGAAGUACUCCACCUCGAUCUGCUACUGCACCAGCAUAUCAAUCACCUACAAAAGCUGCCAUGAUUGCUGCCAAUGCAAACAUUAUCCCAGCAGCUUCAGCAACAACUCAGACUGGCUCUAAACUAGCUAUGUCAACAUCAGUUUCAUUAGAAGACAUUCAGCCAGCUGCUGCACAAAAUUUACCAGCUGUAUUACCAUCACAACCAUCCAAAGUAAGAUAUGCAUGUAUUAUAUUAAUUUUUAAAAAUAUAACAUAACAAUGUUUAUUUUUUUAACAGUAAUUUGAAACUUUUCAUUUUACAAUCAUUAAGUUUUUCUCAUUAACAUGUUAACAGCCAAAAAAGAGUCUAAAGAGGAAGGCUGACACUACUACUCCAGGUACUUAUAUUGGAUCCACAAAUAUGCCACCUAUGCUUUAUGAUCCACCAUAUGAGCCUAUGAAAAUAGGUGGAAAAGGACAACCAAAUCGCCGAGAAAGUGUACGCCAAAUUAAAAAACCAAAGCGUGACCUUCCCGAUGAGCAGGGAAAUGUAAGUGACGCAAGUGUAAGUUUCUGCGACAUUUUUAUGUGGCACUUUUUUCCCCUUUUUAGUUACAUUUAAGCUUAAUUACCGGUAUCAAGUUGUAUGCAUGUCAAUAUCUAUUUCUAAAUUUAAAAAAAAAUGAGUAAUCUUUAAAAUACAAAGCUGAUUGUUAUUUGCUUGACUCAGUUGCGAAUCGGGAAACUUGAAAAUUUUAGGGCUCACUAGACAUUUACAAAAUUUUUAUUAAAAUAUUUUUAAAACAAAACUUCUUGUUCUGGCAACAAUGCAUCGGGCAAGAAUAUAAGAGAAAUGCACACAUGUGGUUUUUAAUUGCAUUUGCUUGGCAACUACCAUAUAGCUGACUUGUAUUGGGUUUUUGGCCGUUACCUAUUGCUUUCUUAGUCCAACUAAGUGUAAUGAUUUUAUUGCAGUUAUUUAUCGCUCUUUAUACUUUUUGUAUUCUCAGUUUUUUGGGCUAAAAAGUUCCCUAACCCAUGUUCUUACUAUAAAUGAAUAUUUUCUUAUUUUACGACAGGCCCAGCAUAGCUCUAAAGGCAAGAAAGGCAAGCUUACCGAACAGAUGCGUUAUUGCAGUUCUAUCGUUAAAGAACUUAUGACCAAAAAGCACCAGGUUUGUAAUAAUUUUAAAAGAAGGCUUAAGUAAGAAUAUUUUUUUUUUGACGAUAAUCAUUUCUUGCAUGUUUUCUCCUCCCGGGCAUUAGGCAAGAGUCAAUGACAGUGAAAUGCCUGUAAAUCAGUGGAGGGUAUAUCAAUUUGUCAAGUUUAAUCCCAGCCAUCCAUUAUGGGUUGAGUUGAUUCAUGGCUUGACGACAUUAUUUUAUUCUCAUGAUUCCUGUUCUUAUUUUCUAAGUUUAUGUAUGUUAUAUAUUUAAAAGUCAAGUAAGUUUUUUAUAAAUUGUAUAGGUUUCUUGAAAUAGCAGCAUUUUAAUGCAUUCUAUUAUGUAAAAGUUUCUACAAAUUAUAACAUUUAUAUUAAUAGGCAUAUGCAUGGCCCUUUUUAAAGCCUGUUGAUGCAGAGGGACUGGGACUUCAUGACUAUUAUGAUAUUAUCAAGAAACCUAUGGAUCUUGGCACUGUCAAGGUAUGCUCAUGAUCUGUUUAUUUAGAAGAGCAAACUAUAAUGAGCAUCUUAUUCUUUAUAACUAUAAAAAGUAUAAAUAUUUUUUAAUUUUUUUUUAUUUGUAGAAAAAAAUGGAAGAUCGAGAGUACAGAAUGGCUAGUGAUUUUGCUGAAGACGUGCGACAAAUAUUUCAGAACUGUUACAGAUAUAAUCCGCCUGAUAGUGAUGUAGCAAAGAUGGGUCGGAAACUUCAGGUUAGCUUAUUAUUGAUCAUGGUGAUCAUCACUUCUAAAUGUAGUCACUAAUGUGAAUUAUAAGGCUAUUAUGUUUAAAAUGCAAUUGUUUUUGUUAUUAUAAAUAAUUUUAGGUACAAUAUCUGCCUCCUGGGCAUUGGGCUAGAGUCAGUGACAGUGAAAUGCCUGUAAAUCAGUGGAGGAAACAUUAAUUUUUCAAGUUUAAUCCCAGCCAGCCAUUUUAGGUUGAGUUGAUUCAUGCUUUGACGACAGUUUUAGUUUUUAACAAACUUUACAAAUUAAACAUGAUAUUCAAAGUAUAAAUAUUCUUAAUAUUUUAUGAGAGGUUUAAUUAUGAUAAUUAAUUUUCAGUGCUUAGUAUUUAACUUCUUGACCAUGAUCAAAAUUUGCAGGAAGUCUUUGAACUUAAAUAUGCACGAAUGCCUGAGGAACCAGUUCAAACUGAUCCAACCCCUCCUUCAUCAGUUGCAUCUGGUUUGACAAGGGGUGAUGAGGGCAGCGGGCUGUCUUCCAGUGCAGAAAGCUCUGAUGAUGACAGUGAAGAGGAGAGAGAGAGAAAGCUAAAAGAUUUACAAGAUCAGGUGUGUAUAGCUUUAAAGAGUAUACAUUUUGUAUUUGUGAUCUUAAUACGUAUUUCUGUAUUAUCCACUAAGUUAUAUCUUGACAUUUUCCAUUUCUUCUCAUAACCAGCUUGCCAAGGUUCAAGAACAAUUGGCGUCACUGACAAAAGAACAUGUACAGCGGUUAAAGGAAAAGAGUGAAAAUAAGACUAAAAAGAAAAAGAAAAAAGAUAAGGUUAAAGAUGAAGUUAAAAAGGAAAUUAUUGACACUGUGAAUCCACCUCCUCAAGUACCAGUGGCUUCUCUGCCACCUCCAGCUCUAAGUAAAGACACUCCUAAACCAAAGAAGAAAUCAAAACAAAAAUCUCCAGCUGCUAAAAAGCCCAGAAACAACAGCAUCAGCCGUACAGGCUCUAAUCGUAAACGUUCAAGUGUACUGCCGCCUGGUCCUCCUAUUGUGCCACCUUUUGACAGCGAUGAUGAAGAUAAUGCAAAGCCAAUGACUUAUGAUGAGAAGCGACAACUGAGUCUCGAUAUUAAUAAGCUGCCAGGUAAGCUGGUCAGAUUUAGGCAGCUUGCUUAAGUGAGGCAUCAGAUUUGUGGGAAUUAGUGCUUGCAUGUUUUCUAGCUCUGUGUAUUUCCUAUGGAUAAUAAAUCAUCAGUGGUAGUGGACUUAAAUAUUCAAAUCAAGGUAUGUAUAAUACUGUUGAUGCAGACAACGUAAGUAUUCUAUCUGUUUGGCCAAGCAGAUAUAUUUCAUUGGAAGUUUGUGUUGACUAUCUUGUCUUCAGAAAAUUUUAUUUAUAACAUGCUCUUGAUUGCAGGUGACAAACUUGGUCGGGUUGUCCAUAUUAUACAGUCCAGAGAACCGUCCUUGAGAGAUUCAAAUCCUGAUGAGAUUGAAAUUGACUUUGAAACAUUAAAGCCUUCCACAUUAAGAGAACUGGAAGAAUAUGUUAUGACCUGUUUAAAAAAAAAACCAAGAAAAACAUACAGUAUGUUAAUAAGUGUUUGAUUGUCUUCCUUUACUCAUAAAUUUAGUUAACCAUCCUUUAAACUUUGAACUAGGCUGUAAAAAAAGGAAUGUAUUAAAGUUUUGUGGUGAUGUACUUUUUUCUUUUUUCCAGCUAAGAAAACUUCAGGCAAAUCUAAAGAAGAGGUUCAGAGAGAGAAAAAAAUAGAACUUGAAAAGAGACUUGAAGGUGUUCAGCAACAAUUGGGUCAAACCAAGAAGUCAAAGAAAGGUUGGUAGUUUUACUUGUAGCUUUUAGAUUUUACUUGAUAUAAUGUCCAUUAAUUAGUUCCUUAAACAAUGGUGUAUUUCUACUUUGUUCCCCAAUUGCCAUAAUUAUCUCCCUUUUUUUUUUUCUCCUCAGAAGAUGGUGCUCCUGGCAGUGACAUGCCUGUAUCAAGCCGACUGAGUGCAAGCAGUAGUAGUACAUCAGGCAGUGAUUCAAGUAGUGACAGUACUUCUUCCAGUUCCUCAGAAACUUCAGACUCAGAAUCAGGUUAGCUUAUCAUGCCAGUAAUGCAAAUUCCUAAUUACUUGAAUGUCACUCGCUUAAAAGAACAGCCUGAGUAUCUUUAAUAAGUUGGGUAAUUAAGAUCUGAGUUUCAGAAAUUGCUGUGUUCAAUUUUUAAUCACGCUAUUGUUUUAUUUAUUAAAAAGUAUACGUUUGUGGGAGUUUUCUGCGAAGUUAACUUUAAAAAAAUUAUUUGGAAUGGUUCAAAACUUGUGAUAGAUAUAUGAAGAGUUUGUUAAAACUCAUUUUCGUUAGCUUACGAGAGGUAUUUCGCUACACAUUUAUUCAAUUAAAAUUGUAAGCAAUUUAACUUGGCUAACAUUAGCCGUUGUAGGUUAAUUUCAAUGCUCCAAUCUUAUUGAAUAAUAAGAUAUGUUAUUUUUAUGUAUGUAUGUUUGUUUGACUCAAACAAAAGAUUGUGAAUAAUGAUUAUAUUGUGUGCAAUAAUUAAAAUGUAGGUAAGACCAGUUAGUUAUACACUGUUAGAAGUGAAGAAAUACUGUGAACAUGUUGAUCUGCUGUUGCUGUAACACUUAAUUUACCUUUGUUAAGUUUGUUUGUAAAACUAUCUGUGUGAAUGUUGGUGGGUGAUUGUGAGUGCAGUGUGUGCUAAGUAGAGGCCAGUCAAUUUGGGUUUCCCUUUCCACCUAAAAUGUUUUGUUUGGUUGAAAAUAUCAUAAAGUAACAAAUCAGUUACCAUUUACACAUUGCAUAAUUAUUUUUUUUUCCCAUUCUAUGCUCUUCAUGCUUCUUGCAUAAUUUCAUUUCUAAGUAAUAGAUUGGUGCUACGAUUUACAUUUCAUCUUUUUUCUUAUCACACAUUGCAGCCAUGUUGCAUUAUUUGUUGCAAGUUUUUUGUUUUAGUCUAUUGUUCUGAAAUUGCAAUGAAGUAAGCAUAUCUUAUUGGUAUUUUAAAACCUUAUUUUGACAGGGCUUGGAUCUUGUCUUAAAUAAAGCUGUAAAUAUUGUAUAAACUUAAAUAGGAAAAUAUAUAUUUUGUUCAUAUACAUGGAUAGUCCCAGCCCUGCCAAAAUAACCCCUGUUCUUUAUGAGCAUGAUAGUAGUAAUCAGUUGUUUGCUCUGAUGUAAAGACAUUACAUUCUUAUAGAGAACCUUGUCUCGUAACCGUAGUUCUGGCCUCCACUUGGACAUUGCUAUUGCACUCACUGGCAUAUUUUCUAUAUAUAUAUUAUAUAUAUUUUGUACAUUCCUUUUUAUUUUUAUACUUGCAAACAAUCAAUAUAAGAUUAAAUUCUAUUUGCAUGUCUUCAACCCCAGCAAGAGGGGGGAAGACAAAUCUUUGCCACUGUCAUUAAUUUAGACAAAUUUAAAACGAAAAGGAAACAAUGGAAAUUGCAACUGAUUGGUAUGGGAACAACUUUUAACUUUCAUUUGUGCAUGUUAAAAUAGAGUUAGCUGCUUAAAAACUAUUUAAUGUAAAUUUUCAUUCCUAUCAUGCUCAUAAAGUAUUAUCAUAUUUGUUUAUUGUGCAAGAAGUAUUGAAGAGUAUUGUAUGGGUCUACUUUAACCAUUUGUUUUGUACAGAUUUCAUUCUCAUUCAUAGAAUCACCUUUUUUUACACCAUUAAUAAAACGAAAUACAAUUGUUUGUACUCCUUGACUGGCUUCUGCUGUUUUAAACACAUGCACUUUGUUUUGUUGUUGUGAAUGAGAUUGUAAAUGGACUCUUAAGAGUAUUAUCUUGUAAUGCGUCUUGUGUUGUACAAUUUCUUAUAAACAGAUUACUCAAACUAACACAUUUUAGUAAAUAUUUGAAAAUGCGUUCCUUAACUUUUCAUGAACAAAUAAAAAAAAAUAUCAUGCAUUCCAAACGUUCUGAAACAGAAUAAUACUCAUGCUAUUGCUUUCCAUUCGUAUAUAAAUUACAGAAAUUAACAUGCUGAAUAUACUAAAUUAGGAAUUAUUAUAGACAUCAAAAUGUUAUUUUGAUAUUAUCACAAGCUUGUUCCUUCAUGUAAGGAAUACUUCAAUCAAUGUGCCUAUGUGCAAAAUACAGAAAACGAAUGUACACAACAAAUAACAUCCGGAUUUUAUUUAGGCUGCACCCCUAGUUUAACUCAUUCUUUCCGGCAGUACUACUUCGGCGCUUAAUUUAUUUUCCUGAGAAAAGGGAAGCAACUCAGUUUUGAAAUUUAUUUACAUUUUUAAAAUAUUUUUUAAGCUGCUAAAUAAUAAUAAAUGUUAAUGAAAUUUUAAUGUUAAGGACGAAUGCAUUAAAAAAAAUGUAUAAGGUUUAAUAAAAAUAUAACAUAAGCUGCGAAAAAAUAAUGAACAAUGGCCAAAAAAUCUUAUUUUUGGAACCUCGGACGAACACAUGCACAUUUAGAAGUGCUGUUCUAAAGCACACAUAGUUUUAAAGUGAAGCAAGAUAAAAAAAAACUUCCAGUUUUUAAAUUAAAAUCACUCAGAAAUCAUGCCAUAGCCGGAAGUCUUGAGGGAAGCAAGAUUUCAUUGCUAUUUUUAACUUAAAAAAAGAGAAGUGUAUCGCUAUGCACCGGGACGCAUUUGGGUGCAUCAGGAGAAACCCCCCCAAAUGACGCAUUUAGUCGCAACCGUUGGGAAUGAGUUAGAUUAAUUUAGGGGAAAAGUGAAGCCGAGGGUUAGAACAAUGUCAUUCCAUGUGCUCAGCUUGACAACUCCACAUGAGAAAAGUUGAGUGAACUAAAAAUUUUAAAAAAGCUUACUUCAAUGCAAUCGUAAAUUAGCAAUGCCAAAAAUUAUCAUUUGGUCCACAUAGAUAGGGUGAAGUGAUUGCUUGAAAACAUGAAUCUAUUUGAUAUUAAUUUGUAAAUUACAGUUUAUAUUUACAUUUGAUCAUUGGGCAGUAUGGUUUUGCUAAUUCAGUUUCAGGAUAGCUGGCAAGGUAUUCAUAUUUGGCUUACUAUGAGAGUUAGGAUUGUUCUCCCAGAUCACUUGCUAUCAGUGGGUAAAAGAAAAGGAAGACUUUAAUAACCUGGAGUUAUAAUUAAAUGGAACCACAGUUUGCACACUGUUUUCAUCAAGUUAAAAUUAAUCUAGUGUCAUCUAUGGGUAAAGAAAUGACCUGUUGGGAUCAAUUUGUGAGCUCAGUAUUUGUUGGGGAGGAAAAAAUCUCUGCAAUCAGUAAGCAGCCAAGUUUAUUUUGUGUUAAAAUGUGUCCAUCUUUGGAGCUUAUAGGCUUACCAGUUAUUAAAUUAAGGACAUGUUUUUUUUUAAAAAUUGGUUUAAUGACAUUUAACAAGCUAGCUGCCUGGUCUGUGCUUUGGGAUAUGCUUCAAAAUAUACCAGAACCACUCGGAGUCGCUCCUGAAAGAUUUCCUUCUUUCAAGGAAUGGAUACAGAUUUGUUAAAAUUCAGAUAAUGGGUUGCUGUUUCUUGUUUACAAAACAGUUAUAAUUUUAUUACAACACAAACACAAUUUUAAAAAUGAAAAUGAGUUGCUCCCACCUAUUUGCAGUUAAACAUAUCUGAUCCUUGUCAAUCCGUUAUGAAAGUUCCUAAUUUCUUUCAUUCUUGCAAUCUGUAUCCAUUGGAGAAACCACACAACUCGGCACAUGUUCCAAAUAAAUAAGCAGUAAUCAUCUUUCAUCACAGAAAUUCACUCAGUAGGUUGCAGUUUUUAUUGGACAACCAGCUAAAUGAGUAUUGAAUUACCUGUCUAUUGUUCAGACCAAUAAAAACCUAAAAUAUAUUUUAAUAUGAUCUGUUUUGUUCAAAAAGCUUACAUUAAAAUAAUAAAGGGUAUCCACCAAGAAAUCUUGAGGUUUUUUUUAUGCAGGCAACUACUGAAACUGUGCAGUAUGUUAUACUAUAACUGACAACUGUAGUCAUAUUUUUGCGUUAUUUCUUGUAAUCAAAAUAAUUACCGUUAAUGCAUCUUUGGGUAGGGUAAUAAUUGGUAAUGUGGAGUAGCCCACUGCUCUUUCAGUCUCGAACAUAAGAAAAAGAGAGGGAAAAAAUUCUCAACAGUCAGCAAAGUAUCAGUGGCUUGUGAUUUCUUGAGAUAGUUAAGUAAUAAUGAUAAUUUAGUUUCAUAUUUUUAAAUUUGACCCUUCCGGUAAUUAGUGGUUUACAGUGUGUGAUCCACACAACCCUAUGGUUGUAGUAUGGCUUUGUAAAGUUUGAGCAAAAACUAGCCAAAGAAAAUUUUUAAUGUGAAUUUUUUAAAAAAACACAAAGAACUGUUCAAUUUGCUUUUGGUACCGGUAUUCAAUGAAACGGAUAACAUCCUAGCAUUACAGAGGUUUAAAGCUAAGUGAACUGGAUGGAACCUGUAGAGGAAACAAUUUAUACAUUCAUCAUUCUUUAGGAUUUAUACCUAUAUAAUGAGCAACAUAAACAUCGUGACACACUGCAUCAACAAAAUCCUUUUAUUCUUUGACCCCUAGAGUGGAAAUGCUUACAGAUAUUUCCAUGUGUGAAAGACAUCUUUGUAAACAUAGCAAAGCAGGUGAAAAGAAAGCUCUUAGCACUGUCAACCUUACUGAGAAAAAUCGUUUUCAAAUAUUGAUUAAUGAAUAAACUUUAAAAAUUGUAAGCAGGGGGAACAGAUUAUUUUCCAGACUUGUAAUAUUGCCAUUACCUUGCGCAUCUUUGGAAAGGGGAAGGAGGUACUAAGGUGGGCUGUGAAAAUUAUUUAGUCAAUUAGUCCUGACUUUUUGCAAGGCUAACGAGUCGAAAGAGAACUAUAAUCUUUGAAUUUUUGCACAUCAAGAUGUUGCGUGUGCAUACCUUGUCCUCAUAUUCAACACAUGUCUCUGGUAUAAGAAAAAUUCAACUGAUUUCUUUUGAGAAGGUCCAUGACCGAAAAUGUUUCAAACAAAUACUCUUCGAAUCUUUGAAAUUUAUUUUAUUCAAUUCUCUUUUUUUAAAUGCUAGUUUCAUUAAAAAUAAAUUGUAAGUUAGAUGGUUCAUCAUUUCCUAUUUGAAGUGUUGGUAUAUAUAUUAUUAUUAUAUGUGUUUGUAAACCAGACAGCUAAACAUUACAUUUAUAACGACCAUACCCGGUACUAGAAAUACAUUUUAUGGAACCAAACUUCAUUUGAUAAGUAAUUUUUUUUCUCCAAAGAACAUGUAUUAGCAGACCUGCCAAUGGCCAACCCUUCCAAUUUUGUCGGAAUUUUACAAAUUUUUACCCCUCAAUCCGACCUUUCGACAAACCCCUUAAAAUUCCGAUUUUCAUAACAUUAUAAUAAAGAGCUGUUGACAAGUGCAAAAAGGCCACUAGGUAUAUGCUGGAAAACUGAAUUCUUGGCAACCUGUCUACAUAGUAAAUGUGUAAAUAAAAUGGAUAUUCUGUUCUGUAUAUAAUCAUUUCCAGUACAUUUUUCUCAAGUUCUGUGGACUCUUUUCAAAGACAAUGGAGGUAACUUAGUAUUUCUUUAUUUACUAAAAAAAAAAAAGGCUUGUGUAUUAGUAUCUAGAUUUUAAACCAGGCGCUGAAGGUAUGUAGUAGUAAUGUAACUGUUUUGUACCGUUAGUUAUUAAUUUUGCUAAAAUUUAACUUAAUUCUACAUAGUAAAUGUGUAAAUAAAAUGGAUAUUCUUUUCUGUAUAUAAUCAUUUCCAGUACAUUUUUCUCAAGUUCUGUGGACUCUUUUCAAAGACAAUGGAGGUAACUUAGUAUUUCUUUAUUUACUAAAAAAAAAAAAAAGGCUUGUGUAUUAGUAUCUAGAUCUUAAACCAGGCGCUGCAGGUCUGUAGUAGUAAUGUAACUGUAUUGUAACGUUAGUUAUUCAUAUUCCUAAAAUUUAACUUAAAAUUGCCUAGUAAAAGUAUAUUAAAAAAACUUUCCAAAAAUAUUUUGAUUAGACGGGGGGAAAAAAGGCUGGGAAUUCUGGACAGGGUGUGUACUUACUGAAAGACUGCUACUUACCGGUACUUGUCCUUGAUUUAAAUGUCUGAAUUUUGACUUGAGGUUUAAAGUCUGGUCUGUCUAACUUUUCUUUCUGCACCAGCGCUCUCACUCUAUCUCCAAGCAAUCUCUUCCUGCAGUCUCUUCCUAUCUACUAUCGCAAACAGAAAGUUCCUGAUGAUUUCUGUCUGAACCUUGGAUUAAAUGGUUAGUUCCCGAGGUGAAAUACUUUACCAUCGGUUCGAUAUUGGAUGCUGAUUCAGGUGUCUCCUUUUCUGAACGUGUCAGACAGCAAGGCAGAGAACAUGAUGCUGAAAAGUGUUGGUGCAGGGGCACAACCUUGUUUGAUGCCAUUAGAAAUGGAAUGGUUGAGACAUAUCUCCAUUUUCCCAGACCCCAGCCUGGAUACUGUCGUUGAAUUGCCUUAUCUUUGAAAUGAACUUUUUGUGUCGUCCAUAUUUGCCCAUAUUCUUCCAGAGAUCUUCCCUGCUGACGUUUUUUAGCAUUUUGGUUACGUUUACUUAAGUGGAGAAGAGGUCAACAUUUUGUUCCCGACAAUUUUUUCUCUAGCUGUCUGGCAGCGAAACUAUUUUAAGAUAUCAUGCUCUUUGCAAAAAACUAUUGACUUUUUGGCAGUAGAUCCUUCUCAAGAUAAGAAUUAACUCGGUUUAAGAGGAUUCUAGUGUGAGUAUCUUGCCUGCAAUGGAGAGCAAAGAUACGCCACAGUAGUUGUCACAGGAUUGAUGGUUCCCUUUACAUUUGUACAAAUCCUUAAAAUCCUGUGAUAUCUUUUGUUGCUGCCAGAUAAGUAGGAAUAGCUGGUGAAGCCUUUCAGCCAGAACUGUGCCACUUUCUUUGAAAAUUUCAGCUGGCAUGGAGUCAUCACCUGGAGCUUUGCCACUCGAGAGAAGGCAUAUAGCUUGUUGCAUCUCGUUUAAUUAAGUUAGGGGUUCUUCCAUUUUUUUUAUUGAUGGCACCUGCAGGAGUUGAUUUAUGGAUUCGUCUUUGGCGGAUGAAGGGCAAUUUAGGAUGUUCCUACAAUCAAAGUGCUCUGCCCAACAUACGAUGAUGAAGUGGAGCCGUAGAUUUUUUUGAGAACAGAGUAGAAAUUUCUCAGAUCAUGUCUGGCUGCAUAACCCUAGACCGCGUCAGGCUCGUCACUCUACCAUUUUUCCUGCUUUUGACGUAGUUUAUGAUGCAAUGUUCUUCUUAUGUUGUUGCAUGCAUCUUUCCUUGGAAUUGAAUUUGGGUUGUUAAGAUAGGAGUUGUGAAGACUGUUUAUACUCCAACAGCUGCAUGAUUACCAUACAGUUUUCAUCGAACGAGACCUGAUUUUUUUUAUUUUUUUUGGAGCAUGGUCCCAGAAACUUGAUACCGGUAGCGGUUUUGUGAUGCCCAAUCCAAUUUGAUGUGAUUAUCUUGACAUGUGGAUUUCAGAUCUUCUUCCAUAGCAUCCAGCAAAAUUUUUUUUUACACUCACGCUCUUCAAUAGGGAUCUUCCUUCUCUUCUUCUGUAUUUUGAGGGCUCACUUUCAAUGUAUUGAUCAUUCUUGCUCUUAUGUUUGUAGAGGGGUUCGCGACUGCAUGGUUUUAGAAAGGGUUCACAGCUUUCAGUGAGUGGCACACUUGGUUGAGCUUGAUGAUCCCGAGAUGAUAGGCUGUCACACAGUCUUCACCACAUACAGUCUUGGUUACAUGCAUGUCCUGACUGUCCUUUCUCCUGUUAAUAACAUAGUCGAUAAGAUGCCAACGUUUUGAGUGAGGUGUGCAUUCAGGAUAUCCCAUUACAUAUGUGAAAUUUUUUCUGUUUAGCAGAGCGCCGCACUUGACAUCUCAAAAAAAUUAGAAAACUAUUCACAUCAUUAAUACUUAGUACCUUAUGCAUAAAAACAUAUCCAAUAACAUUAUCUGCUCCGGCUAAAAAAGCAAGCAGUUCCUCAAUUAAAUAUUUUGCUUUAAAUUGUUUUAAAGUACUGGGUAUCACUAGUAGCUGCUCUCAUUAAAUUUUCGAAUGUUAACCAGUAAAAGCUUUUAAUUUUUUGGAUUUGGUGUUGUUGAUUACCAGUGUAGAGAAUCCAGCUGGACUGACGUAGAUACUUCCAAUUUUGUUACAUUCCCCUAUGCCUGUGGAAAUUCAUCAGCAGAAACAUGCGUCAUCCAGAAAUCAUUGUUCGUUUAUAAAUAAAUAAUAAUCUCAAGAGUCGUAUUUGUACAAAACUUUUCUUGUUCAAGGGUAAUGUACCGGUAUUAAAAGUUUUAAUUUACUUAACCUUGUUUGGUCUGGUUAAUCUUUUACAGAAUCACCAAAGAAGAAACAAAAGGCUACUUCCAAAAAAUCACACACAGCAAUUAAGGUUUGUAUACAGUAUUUAUUUUAAAUGAAACAUUGAUAAUUUUUUUAUUUAUGACGGCUCCACAACUGGUGUGCCGCAAGACUAGACUAUGUGUGCCGUGGCAAAAUGCCCCAAAAUUUUACAGUUAUCAUUUUUAUUUAUGGGAUAAAAAUGUAAUUGAAAAAAGGGGCAAAGAUAACCUUUUUACCAAACAUUCAAACUUGUCCUGUCAUAUAAGUGCCCAAGUAAAUGUGGCGAGUUGUAUGGUCUCAUGGAAAAUGAUUACUAUGAAUGUUAAGACUAAAAGCUCUACUCUACACAUGAAUGUUUAUUACCCAAAUGUAUUCUGAGCUCAAAUAUUUUUGGUUUGUUUUAAGUGUAGUGUCCUGUGGCAGUCUGAGAAAGUCUAGGUGUGCCAUGGUUUAAAAAAGGUUGCGGAGCACUGAUUUAUAACUCAUAAACAUCACAUAGCUGGUUUGUUACAAUUAACUUAAUUUGUUACAGUCUAGUCCACAAGCAAAGAUCUCAGUUGGAGCCACAAACAGCAGUGAUAUAUCGCCACCUAUUAACGUCACCUCACCUGUGAUCCCUAACGCAUUCCCUAAAGUUCAGCCUACGCCUACUGCUGCCGCACUCUCUUCUCUAAAUACAGUGAAAAUUGAAAACCAUUCUUUGUUAAAUGCAACGGUUGGAUUUACAGACACGUCGAACUCUCCCAUUAUGAAUUUUUCUGGCCAUUCAAAUACAUCUCCUUUAAAUACUGGUGGUAAGUUUAAUUCUCUAUUCUUUCAAACCAAAUUAAAAUAUUUCAUUAAGAGCUAUUCAUGAAUAAAUCAUUUUUGGGAAUUCAUUGUACCUGUAUGGUAAAUUAUUGUUUGAAAUUUAUGUGGGGCUGAGCCGGGCGCAAUUGUUUUAAAAUGGGUCCAGGUUCAGGUAUUACAAAAUAGUUUUUUUCCCUCAUUUUCUUCAACUCAUUCCAGAUGGAUGCGUUCAAUCGCGUAGCUUCACACCUCAUUUUUAUUUUAAAUAGCAAUGACAUCUUGCAUCGAUCGAGACUUACAGUGAUGGAGUGAUUCUGUGUGAUUUCAAUUUAAAAACCGGAAUUUGAGGUGCCAAAAUCGAUUAUUUUUUUUUGUCAUUGCUGAUUUGUUCACCAUUAAUGUUAUAUUUUUAUUAAACCGUAUUCAUUUCUGGAUGCAUUUAGCCAUAAUUAAUUAAAAUUAAUUAAUAUUUAGCUAUUUUAACAAGUAGUUUCCAAAUGCACAUCAAUUUCAAAACAGAGCUACUUUUACUUCCCUUACCCAGGAAUAUAAAUUAAGUAUGGAAGCAGGACCGCUAUUGGGAAUGAGUUGUUAUCCACCUAAUAAGGGUAGAACCAGUAGCAAUCAUGAAGGCAUCAAAGUUGAAGGCUUCAAAAUGCUAAUAACUAAAAGCUGAAUAAUAUAAUCCUAACCCAGGGGUCCUCAACCUUUUUAGUGCCAUAACCCCUCUUAUAACAUUUGCCAAGUUGUGGUUGUGGCGACCCACAACCAUAACUAUACCUUGCAAUUGAGAAACAUGCAUUGUAAAAAGGGGAGGGGCAGAGCCUGUUUUGUACCUAUUUAAAAAGGUGUUGAUACUGUAAUUUUAAUGGGGUGGAGGAAAGCAGAAAUAAGGGCUAAGAAAGGUGGAUGGUUCUGUAGAGAGGGGGGCAGUUAUUCCCCAGAAAAAUUGUGAGAAUAUAAAUAUUAUAAAUGUAAUUUUAAAAGAAACAAUAUUUAUAUCAAAUUAGCUGCUGACAACUACCUAAUGAAUCAUAGUUUUUACUUUAAUUUUAUGUAGUGGUAAUGUAGUCAUAGUGUAAUAACAUAAAGAAACUAUUCCUAUCACUGUAAAGAAAUAAAGGGAAAAUUUGUACAAAUAAGAAAAAUUGAAAAUUUUUACACACACACCCCUCUCCCUUUUCAAAUUUGGAAUUUCUUAAGCAACCCCUAACAUACUGUCAGGUGAAUCCCCUGAGGGGGGGUUGUGGCCCAUUUGUCGAGAACCAUUGUCAUAACCUAUAAACAUAACAAAAUCAGAUAUUAAAUUCCACGGUCAUAACCAAAGUUAUGCAUCUUGCUAGGACAAAGGAUUAUGCAAAAUUUACAUCAAGUACAUUAUUAUUUUGGUUCCUUUAGCUUACAUUUAGUUUCUCACCUAUUGCUAGUCAGUUUUUAUGUAUUUUUUUCAGGUAAAAUAUACAAACAACACUUUUCAUUUCUCCCCAUUGGGUGGAACACAUAGAAAAUGAGUAGUUAAAUCUCCUUUUUUUUUAAAAAAACCUGGACCUUUUUCGUAUAUUUGUUGGUGUGCUAGUAUUUGGCUUACCGCUACCUGAGUCAGUAUCCAGCUCAGCCCUAAAUUUAGCAUGAUUUCUCAAUUGCUUUUUAAAAAUAUUUUAACAAUAUUGUACUUUUGAAUCAAUAUUUAAUCAUGUUGAAAAGGAAUGAUAUAAUAUAUUCCUAAAAAUUAAAGAAGAAAAAACACUUUUUCCUCAGCUAAUUCUAUUAACAGAACUAUAACCCACCCUAUGCCUGCACAGCCUGCCAAACAACCUAUAUCUGUUGCCACACCAAAACCAACACCAAGACCCAGCAGUAAGCUAUUGAUUUGUUAAAUUCCUAUAACUACUUUUUGGGGUUGAAUUAUUUUUUUUUAUUGAAAAUAAAACAUUUUGUUGCCUCAUCAUGUUUUAUUUUUCUAAUUAAUGUUGCAAUUUCCUAAAUAUAAUUUAUUUUUAAUAGCAUUGUGAUUAAACAACAUUCCUCACCACCAAGCAUUAUUUACAGUUCCCAUGACUAGUACUCCAGUGCCUGGGGCAGUUGAUCGUCCAUUUGCUGCCAUGCCAGGACUAGAAAGUACACCGGCUGCUAGCUUACCUGGUAGACGGCCUUCCAAAGAAGGUUUAAUGCUAAAUCAAAUCGAACAGCAGUCGCAACAACAGAGGCCUCGACUUGGUUCAGGCAUCCCUGUAUCAGCCCCAAGAAAAGAUAAUCAGAUACGAUUUUCACUAAGCGAUGAAGACUCAAGUCCUUGUCCCAGUCCUCCUAAAUCAGCCCCACCUGCACCGCCUGGGGCUACUGUUUGUAAGUGAAGAAUUAUAUAGUUUACUAAUUGUACAUAGUUUUACUUGAUAUCAUUAACCAAUUAGGACUCGUGACUUCACAUUCCCUUGGGUUCCCGGCAAAAAUCCACUUGGAACGGACGCCAUAGGCACAACUAAAAUAAAAAAUGACAGCUAUUUUAUGAAUUAAAUAGCCAUCAAAUAAAGAAAAGUAUUAUUUGUCAUUAAAUUAAGAAAUAUAUUGUAACAAAUUAAUUCAUUUUUAAAAUUUCUAUAAACCAAUAUAACAAGUCUAUAUUUUUCUAAACUGAAAGAAUAUUGUUUUCUGUGUCUGAAAAACAUAUUUUGAUGACCAAUAGCACCAAACGGUUAGUGUGGGUGUGAGAUUGAAUGAUAAAUAGUAGCACAAUUGUACUCACUGUUGAAAGGUCAAGGUCAUAUUUAUUUUACAUAGCUCACAGAAUUUCAACAUUCAUACCAUAAGAUUCCUUGUCCAACUUACUCUCAGAAUAUCUGUACUUACACUUCUGUGGGUCUCUAAAUUCAUUUUCUAUUAGAUUUGAGUAUUUUAGUGAUACAGAUCAAAACCACCUCAUGUUUGCUUUUGACUGUUCAUGGGUUAAGGAUAUAUUUGACAUGUAAUACAGGUAGUGUGCUGUUUAUUCAGAUGAUCAUAAAAAAAUGUAGGGAACAAAAACUAAUGCAUUUGCUAAAUCCUUAGUUUUAAAAUUACAAUAUUUCCAUUUCAGCUGCAAGUGGUGUUGGUGUUACUUAUGGUAUAGGCUCCAAUCAUCUUAACAAUUCCAUCAAGUCAAAUGAUGUAGAAAAUAAAACACCCUCAUUACCCGCAACACAAGUUCCAGGAAAGGUAAACAAUUUUAAAAUUUGAUCAAACUAUCCAUGAAAAAAGAUUUUUAACCAGUAUUUAAAAAAUAAAUAAAUUAUUGUACUGUCUGAUUUUAAUUUAUGUUUACCUAUUUUGCGUCAAUUAGUGUACAAAUUAUAAAUGUACAUUUUUAGCCUAUAAGGCACAAAAUUAUCUUUUUAUCUAAUGACCUUUUCCAACACUGAAUUAAGGGGCAUUGAUCAGUAUAGGUUUUUAUUCUUUAAGAGUGGGUGCUCUUUCAGAGAAGGAUGUUUCAUUAAAAAAAAUUUCUUGCAUCUUGCGCUUUUAACUUGAUACAGCAAUUAUUAUUCAUAUGUUGCACACAGCCUGAGAUAAAAAUGAACAAUGCCCAGUCAUGGAAUUCAUUAGCUGCAUCUUGGCAAUCCAAGUCACAGUCUACCUUCCAACAGUUUAAGAAAAUGAAUGAAAUGAAGGCACAGAAGGAAGUCUUUUUGAAGAAAGCUGAAGAACAGAAACAAAAACUUGCCAAAGAGAAGCAACGGAUGGAAGAAGAAAAGAAACGGUUAGUUCAUUACCUUCCUGAAGUUUGUUUAAUUUUUUUUUUGGUGCUUAAUUUAAACCAUAUUCUCGUUAUAUUUGUUUCUGGCUAUUGCAUGGAAAGAGUAUUCAUUUAUAUUAAUAAUAUAUUACUAACUAAAAAUUGUUGUGUUGUUUAAUAAAACUUACAACUUUUAAUUAGUUGACUAAUAAGACAGAUUCUUCAUUGAUAUCAUUUUGAUAUGGCCUAGUGUAAUCUUAUUUUAAUUUUAGAGAAAGGGAAGAAGAAGAAGGAAUAGAAGCUGCUCGUAUAAGAAAAGUACAAGAAGACAAAGCUGAAGAGGAAAAGAAAAAGAGAGAAAGAAUUGAACAGAUGCGAAAAGCUGCUCAAAUGAGAAGGGAAGCGGUAAGUGGCCUUGCUUUAUGCAAAUUUCCACUUUGGUUGGAAGGCAACAAGUUGUGUAUCUUACAAAUAUAAUCUAUUAUAUUGUGCAUCUGAUUAGUGAAUCAUGUUUUUCAGCCUUAGUUAGCUUUUGCCUAUAAAUAGGUGCCAAAAUUUUACUAAAAUUUGUUAUCUGCUAAUGUUUCAGACUGCCAACAGAAUUGACAUGAAUGCACAGAAUGACCUUAUGGCAUCAUUUGAAGCCUCCUAUCAGAACAGAGUGUGACAGACUAGUGCUUUAUCGACAGCCGCUAUCUUAGCUGGACCUGAUUUAUUCAACUGGCUAUACCAAAACAUGAAAGCUCUUCUUCAUUGUUACAUUGUGAAGAUUAAUACACAUUACCAUUUCCAUAAGGACAUUGUUUUCUUAUAUGUAACAUAUCAAGUAACGUGACAGAGAUCACUGACCUGUUGUAAUCAAAAUGGGAGUUUUUUGUUGUUUUUUUAAACUUCAGUUUUCACUUACAUAGCAUUGCAAAUAAUUUAUUGUAGAAUCCCAAAGUAAUCUAAUAAAAUAAAAAAAAUUGGUGAUAUUUUUUAAAAGCUUUCUUUUGAACUUUUUAAUAUUAUUUUAAUUUUUUUCUUAAAUGGUGAAUAAAGUGAAUUUUUCAUCCGUUUUAGGGUGGUUCUAUAAUCAUGUAGCCAUUGAAUAUGAGGUUUCAGACAAGCCCGUGGUAACUCCAAUGCAAAAGUUAAUAAGACUUUUUUUUAACAUGUAUUGAUCUAGUUUGCUUUUUAAAAACAAAACAUUAACUGGAGUUACAAUGUAAAUAUGUCUUACCAUUUCUCAUUUUUCUGUACCACCCAGAUGUUAAACUACAGACAACCUCUAUUUAUUAUUUCAAACAUCUAAAAUUCACAGUGAAAUGUGCUGGGGUUGUUUGAAACUUAUUGUAAAAUAUGUGCUCAGGUGUCAUAAUAACUAUUAUGAAUUGAUAAUUUAUUGUUUUGCAGCCUUCACUGACAUCUGUAUAUUUUAAUAAAGUAACUUCUAUUAUCUCUCCAUCAAAAAUAUUUGCUCUAUAACAAAAUCUGUAUAGUUUCAUCUUAUAAGUUCCAUACAUAAAUCAACUUUUAUGCAUUUCUCUCCUUUUUUUUAAAAUGCUUAAAACCUUUUUUCCCCUUCUCACUGUAGUAACUUUGCAUUUCAAAAUAAGGGGUUCAACAAUAUGAAAUAAAAAUGUUCAUUGUAAGCAGAAGUAGUCAAGUGUGGACAUUACAUUGGACCAUAAAAUAAUGUAAUUAACAAAUGUCUGCUACUUGACCAAACAUUUCAUUUUGUUUAAUUGUUGUUGCUUUGUACUGUGCAUUGCAUUUGUUUAUAUCUGUGGUUUACAUUGAUCAAAAGUAAAAAUGAAUUACUUUUGUGUUUUCUCAGUCCUGGUAUUCUGGUUAUGACAACAGUUUUACAUUAUUUGGCUUGUGAUUGAUGCCAGGUUGUGUUAACGUCCUCAAAAUAAUGUUCAUCCCAGCACUUGUAUUUAAAUAUAUGACCUGACCACAUUUGUUUCUUCCAAGGCUGAGCUUUUGUGUACAUAAUGACUUGUUCUUAAUUUUUUUGGCUCUUAAGCUUCUCUUGUGCCCAGCAGGGAUAGCUCUAUACAGCUUAGCCUUAUUGUUUUUGCCCCUCUUUUUAAAUCUUGAAAGGUCAGUGACAAAAAAGAAAAUACUGUAUCUAGGUAAUGACAUCUCUUCUUGCUUCAAAAUUAUAAUGUUUACCAGGACACUUGAAAAUGUCUUUGGUCUCAGCCAAGUAAAUGUUGCAGUUAUUUCAGUUUUUCAUGUUAUAGUUUAAGUCAAGGAAGUUAAACAACUUUCAUUUAGAAACAGUAGGUAAUCAGUUCCCAUUUAAUCACAGACAAUCAAAUUUAAAACAUUUGGAGAGAAUAUUAAUGAAGCCUUAUGGAUGCUAUAUCUUUAUACUUGUAUUACUCAAUGUUAAAGUGUAUUUUGAAGUAAUAUCUGCUAUGAAUAGAUAUCAAAUGUUCUGUGUUGUGCCAAGUGACUUUGUUUUUUCCCCUCACUGCUUUUCAUAUUUCUAAGAAAAUUUGUGUAAGGUAUUCUAGAACUGCAAUUCCCUUACUCCUUUUUUUUUUUUUUUUUUCUUUUUUUUUUUUUUUUUUUUUUUUUUUUUUUUUCUUUUUUUUUUUUAAAAAUUUUUUUUUUUUUUUUAUUUUUUUAAUAUUAUUUUUUUUAGUUUUUUUAUAUCUGUAAUUUCUUUUUUUUUUUUUUUUUUUUUUUUACUUUUUUUUUCUCUUCUCUUUAGUUUUCUUUCUCAUCGUCUUUUUUAAAAACUUUGUAUAUUCAUACUGAUGCAUUGGAUUACAUUGUAUCACCUUCAACAUGUAAAUUAUUGAACUAAUUGUACAGUCAGUGUUUGCUGUACCGGUAUCUUGACAGUUUUCACAAAUGCCACACUUAACUGUUGUACUGUCAAACUCAACUAUGGAAUCCCCGAACAUAAAUUUAAAUUAUUUUUAAAAAAGUUGUAUGAUAAUGAUAAGAUUGUGGUUUAAUUGCCAGAUUGAACUAACCCAGGUACAUCCUUUUGUCUUUGGAUAAUAUUGAAUACUUUAUUUAAAAAAAACAAAAAAAACUAAAACUUCUAGAAGCUGUCAGUUCCAUUCUGAUGCCUAAAAUCUGCUUGUCAACACAACUGUUCACAACAUUUUUGACAGGAUUGUAUUUGCAUAUUUUUUUGUCAGCCAUGUACUUUAUUGUUAUCUUACACUUGUGUUUUGGGUCACCUAGUGAUUUUCAAAUACCUUGUCAAACCAGAAGCAUGGACACAUCAAGUGGGAGAGUUAACACUUCAAACUGAAAUGUUUGCAUUAAAAAAACAUAUUUUUGUUUAAAUAUAUAUAUAUAUUAUUUUUUUUAAAUUUAAAUCUGCUGUGAUUACAACUGUUUAGUCUACUUAGCAUAGGUUUGUUAAAGACAUCACUAUUUAUUUGACUAUUUCAAACUAUCAAACUAGUUGCAAGUUGAUGAUGAUAGCUAUUUAAUGCACUGUUGACGACUUGUUUGUGUCCUGCUGUCCAGCACAUCUCUGUACAUGUUUCUGCUGCUGGUGGUCACAAGCCUAGGUCCCUUUGUACAGUCUCAUUUAUAUUAUGUAGUUCUCAUGCUAACACAAAUCAUUGUUUUCAUAAUUUUGUACAACUGCAACCUAGAGAUGGCAUGUUGAUGUUAGUGUACAUUUGGUGAAUGUUAUCCAGUGAAACUGCUGCGCAGUGUGGAUGCUUGCAAUGAUCUGUGUGUAAAUUUGGCGUAGUGUGGAUCAUGUGGAUCAGCGACUGAUGUGUGGAACACAUGGUGGGUCAGGUGGUGUAUGUAUGUACGUAUGUAACAUUUUGAAGUGCAUGCAUCAGAUACUGAUGGUAGUUUAUUUUUGUUACUUUUCUGUGUACAGCUCAAUAAAUAUUGGGAUUCAACCCACAACAGUGA